GAAACUAAUACCUACUUGGGUUACCUGCCAGCCACUAAAGCAGGGACUUGCAGGUUAGUACCUACAGGCUACUAGUACAUGUAAGGUAAUAAUGCCCAGGUACUGUCGCGUCUUCAGUCUUCGUAACUUCAUACAGGUUGUGACAAGAUAUCCAUCUACACUGUAACAACUCUCAGAGCAGAGGACGUUAAACAUGAGGUUCAAAUCGAACCUUCGGAACGUUCACACAUUCUCAAAACUGGUUGCUGCUCUGUCGUCCCUAGAGAAAAUCGCUUGGGUACGUCUCGACGAUGAGACAGUCCGCUUCACCGUGAUCCCCGAUACCGGGUCGCAAGUCUGGGCCUCGUUGCCAAUCGACUUCAUCCUUAAGAACUGGACCAUCCAAUCCGCCGAGCCAAACAACACCAUUAAUCUCGAGCUCCCGCUGGUGCCGCUGCAACGAGCCCUCAAAUCAGCUACCAAUGCAGUAUCCGCAUCCUUGCGCCUGACCAAGAAAGACGGCAUACCCAUUCUCUCCAUGACCAUCACGACAUCUACCACGCCUGCGAACCACCCUCAAGGCGUCGCCCGCUUCAACCUGAACCCCGCGAACCGUGUCCCGGGAGACGAUCCGUUCGGUGACGACGAUGACGGAAUCUUCGCUGCCGAGCCGUUAGAGACGCACCUGCAGCGCGAGCGCGAAAAGGUCAUCACGCAAGACAUUCCCGUGCGGGUCCUCCACCCCGAGACGGUCGAGACCAUCAUGCAGCCCAAGGUGCGAGAGCCCGACGUCCACAUCCAGCUACCGCCUCUUCUCCAGCUCAAAGCCAUCUCGGACCGAUUCACCAAACUCGCCGUCGCGUCACGCGCAGCGUCGUCGACCGCCUCCGCCGCGAGCGUCAAUCCAAAGCUCGACUUGAGCGCCAAUAUGCACGGUGGUCUCCGGCUACGUCUGGACGCAGAUAGCCUCAACGUCGAGUCGCAGUGGGGCGGGCUUGAAAAUCCACAACUCGAUCCCAGCCAGCUGACAUGCGCCAUCGAGGACCAUCCCAGCACGCGGUUCCAUAACGAGGGCCCGAACAAAUGGGCCACCGUGCGCGUUGACGGGAAGGAUUGGAGCAAGGUCCUUAGCGUGGGACGUCUGGACGGGCGCGUCAUUGCUUGUUUCGCGGACGAGCAUGCUCUGAUUCUGUAUGUGUAUGUGCCGGACCAUGAUGAUCCGGCGAUCGAUGACGCCGUUAUAACUUAUUAUGUGUCUUCAUAUAGUCUUUAACACAUCCAUUUAUCGGACGAUCAGUGCUACAGACAAACGACAUCUAGAGCUGGCUUUUCUAUUAUAGAGGAUGUUGCUUAUGAUACCGGGGGUUUAAUGAUAUUAUGAGUAAUGAGAUACGAAGAUAUGAUCGUAUCUAGCUACGCAAGCCGGGGGGGUUUGCUAGAUAGAUAUCAUAUGGGCUGUAGAUUAUUAGACGCGAGUCAUUAUUGGCAUGGGGCAUAUAUCGCCUUGAUGGGCGUGUACUCUUAACAUAAAAGAAAUAACGAAAUGUGUUUAUGCAAUAUUAAAAUGAAAUGAGGCUUGAUUUUGCACUCAUUGGGUUUGCUUUGAACGUUUACUAGUCGGCUAUGGAGCUGGUGGCGAGCAGUCGCUGGGAGCAUCUAUAGUUCUAAUGCCAUGAACGUGUCUCGUUCUCAAGAUGAGCGCACGAAAGUUCUGAAUUCAUUUCGGCGAGCCAACAUACUCAGUCAAUAAUCAAGUACGAUAAUGUUUUGAUCUCUUGGUAUUGCAGUUAAUACCUGAGAUAAGCCGCGGUCACAAUCCAACUUAGUUUAG